CUUUGACUAACCACUUCAUGUUCGUAUCUGCCGUCUUUGACAUUUACUCAACUAUGCACUUACUGAUGCAAUUUUCGAUGUUAAAACGACUACUGCCAAUCAAUUUCUAAUAUUAUCGACCAUGAAAUUCAAUUUUGCCUGGAUUUUUGCUUGAUUAAAGUGUUCUCUAUGAAAAUGGAUCGUAUACCUAUGAGAUAUCAUUAUAUUUUAGCUAUCAUGUUUGUUAUUCUAUGGAUGUAUAUUUUAUAUCAAAUUAAAAUCUCAUCAUUAAUUGUUUUGAAUGCUGAAUUCGAUGGAAUCUGUGAGUACAAAACAAAGCCUAUCCAUAAGCCGUAUUAUAAUUUCCUUAAUGAAUCUAUAAAUAUUGCAAUGUUGUUGGCUGGUGGUAUUGACAAUAGUCAUCAAGCUGAAACUUUGAUCAAAUCACUACUAUUCAAUCAGAAAAGAUGGUAUAAAUCAAAGGAUGGAUGUUGUACUUUCACGCAUUUCCCACAUUUCUACACAGAUUGGCUAACAAUGGUUAAUAGGGUUCAUCCCCAAGUGGAUAAUGAUCAAAGAUUAUCACUUGUCUUUCAUUUCAUUGUUGAUCAUCAAGCCCAUAAAUUUAUACUUGAAUUAAUGACUGACUGGAAUUUGGAGGGGAUAACUACUCAAUUUUAUGAGAUUGAAAAAUAUGAAAAACAAAUAAAGUCGUUCAAAUCUGGACACUAUUCUGGACAUAGAAGUUAUCUUAAACUAUUGAUUACUCAAAUUUUACCAGCAAAUGUUAACAAGGUUAUUCUACUGGAUUCCGACAUUCUACUAAAUGAUGAUAUUACAAAUCUUUGGAGGUUAUUUGAUGAAUUCAAUCAAGAUCAGUGUAUCGGGAUUGUGGCUGAACAAAAUCCAACGUUUUACUACAAUAUGGGACAACAAUUUUGGCCUAAAUUGGGUUUUGGUUACAAUGCCGGACUCCUGCUAAUCGAUUUGUCUAAACUUCGGGCACGCCAGUGGAAUAGACUCUGGUUGAAAAUUGCAUUUAAUCUCAUGAAACAGAAGAGAAUCUUACCAACUGCUGAACAGGAUGUUAUAAAUGCUGUACUCAAUCAAAAUAAAAGAUGGCUUUAUAAGUUACCAUGUGAAUGGAAUAUUCAGUUGAGUGCAUUCUCAUUGCGUGAACGGUGUCCUGUUAUCUGGAAAUUUGUGUUGAAUACAAAAGAUAAACGAGUAGAAAAUGAACAGAAAACGAUUCCUUUAAGUUAUCCCACUGCUAAACUGCUACAUUUCAAUGCACAUGUGAAACCAGAAUAUUUUUUUCCAACCCCAUUACGAUUCCCUUCAGCUAUUGAUAAAUGGAAUGGGUACUAUUCAAGUAUCCCAAACUUUAAUCGGUUGGACCUAAAAUGGCUGAACCAACUGUCCAUCGUUCAUAUCCAACUGUGACUUAGUUUUUCAGUAAACCUAUAGAAUUAUCACGUUACCAUGAAUGGUGAGAAUUAUUUCCUUACUCAUCAUUAUCAUUAUCAACAUCUAUAUUUUCAGAACAUAAUGUGAUUUGGAAUGUCAGGAAGAGAAUGCUUUUCGAAAUGUUAUUAACUUUUCUUCUGAUCGAUUUUACAACGGAUGCACUCAAGAUCAUAUCAACGCCGUUCAAGGAAGAAAAAAUUCUAUAGUUCCAUUGUAUUUCGAUUAUCACAGAGAGUGUGUCAAUACCAUUUCCUUUAUUGCUGACGAGUAGUACUAACUUUGCAGUUUCUGUU